GAAAUUCUGUGCUUUCUGUUUCUGAUUUACAGUUGGGAGUUUGGGACUUGGGAGAAAGAAACAUUUGUGUAAUUAACUUUGUAGAUGUAUUCGGGAUUUGCAGAUGAAUGAAUGAUAACGGAAUAUAGUGGGACAGGAUUUUAAUUUGUAUUUCAUUUAUAUUUAUACACAUAUUUUUAAUAUUCACUACUUAUCACAAUGUCUGAUGAUAAUGGCUCUCAGUUGAACUUGCGAGGUUUUAGAAUAAACAAAAAAGCUUUCAGUCAUGAACCUAUAUCAACCUCAAGUAGUUCUAUGAACGGUAAUUCUACGGUAUCUUCUGCAAAUUCUUCAGCACCAAAAAGAAAGCGAAUAUUGAUACUUCCUACUGAUUCUGAUUCAGAAUCGGAUUCCAACGAUACUUCCCAAUCUGUAAGUAGUAGUGCAACCGUAGAAUCAAGUUCUCGUCAUCAAAACCUAAUCAUUGUGAAAAACGGUGUGAGAAGAACAAUGAAAACACCAUCAAUAUUAGAGAAAGAACGUCAGAUGAAAUAUUUGCUGGAGUUGUUUCCACAUUUAGAGGCAAUGGUGGUCCAUGAUAUGCUCUCAAAAUAUAAUUUUAAUACUGAUGAGGCGGCUGCUGAACUGUCAAGGUUACAUGGUAAAGAGGUUACAGAGGGUGGUUAUGCGAAUUGGAAGUUGGAAUACCAACAGAGGGUCAUCGAAUCGAAUGUCUCAAGUGUCCCAAGGGAAGAAAUCCGUAGAAAUUUCAAAAGACAAGCAGCGGGAAAACAUCAAUCUGACAGAAAACGAGUAAAAAAGAGACGAACAGAAGAUGAUGACACUGAUGAUAGCACAGGUGCUGCAGAUUAUAACGAUCAAAGAGUAUACAACAGUGACGAAGAUACAGAUACCGAGUUGAGUGACGAACUAAUGGGUGAUAAAAAAAAUGUAUUCGAUUUCUUACAAAAUGCAACAUUAACGGAACUUCAGCUGAUGAACAGCUGUUCUAAAAAAAAGGCUGAGGCAUUAAUGGAAUCUCGUCCUUUCAAUGGAUGGAUCGAUUUAGUAGAAAAAUUGGAGAAGAAUAAAAAUCUGAGCACCGACUUGCUGAACUCUGCACAGCAAGUUCUUUACGUCCGUAACAAUAUUAAGAAUUUGAUGAAGAAAUGCACGAAUAUAGCAACAUCGAUGGAGAGGGCGGUGGCUGCGGGCGCGGGCGUUAAAGAGCAGCCGCGGAAUUUAUCAUCAGCAUUAAAAUUGACGAGCUAUCAAAUGGUAGGUUUGAACUGGUUGGCAGUAUUACAUUCUCAGGGAGUGAAUGGCAUACUGGCAGACGAGAUGGGCUUGGGUAAAACCGUACAAGUUAUAUCGUUCUUAGCUUAUUUAAAAGAAACCGGUCAGGCCCAAGACACGCAUUUAGUGGUUGUGCCGGCUUCAACCCUGGAUAACUGGAGGAACGAAUUUGCCAGAUGGUGUCCAGAAUUGAGGGUUUUUAUGUAUUACGGUAGUAUAGAAGAAAGAAAAGUAUUCAGGAUAGAGUUCGCCCAAGGUGUACUCGAAGAAUUCGACGUGGUACUUACAACGUAUACAACAGUGGCGAAUACUCCGGAGGAACGAAAGAUGUUCAAAGUGAUCCCUAUGCAUUAUGUGAUAUUCGAUGAAGCUCAUAUGUUGAAGAACAUGAAUACUCAAAGAUACGAGAACCUGAUAAGAAUUAACGCGAAACACAGAAUUCUGCUCACCGGUACCCCGCUGCAAAAUAAUCUCUUGGAAUUAAUGUCGUUGUUGAUUUUUGUGAUGCCGAAAAUGUUUGCCGAGAAGACCACCGAUAUCAAGAGCCUCUUCCAGAAAGGCUCUAAAAGCAACCAAGGCGAUGGGGAUUUACCGACUUUCGAAAAAGAACAAAUCGAAAAGGCCAAAAGGAUAAUGAAGCCUUUCGUGCUGCGUCGAUUGAAACAGGACGUUCUGAAGGAUCUUCCUACCAAGACGGAUCAUGUGAUACCGGUGCCGAUGGCACCCACCCAAAAGGAACAGUAUGAAUCUCUGGUUGCUUCAUACCAAGCGGCCAAUAUUGAGCGAAAGGAAAACGACGAGGUACCCCUGAACAGUAUGACCAUGAUGACGGAUUUAAGGAAACUCAGUAAUCAUCCACUUUUGUUGAGGUAUCACUAUGAUUACACGCAAGUGGAAGAAAUAGCUAAACGGCUUGCGAAAGAUCCCGGUUAUAAAGAUACCAAAGAAGAAUAUAUUAUAGACGAUUUGCUGUGCAUGUCCGAUUUUGAUAUUUAUUCCCUUAUCAAGAAUUUUGCUUGCCUUGACGAUUACGAUCUUCCAGAAAAUCUUAUACUGUGUUCUGGAAAGUUUUUAUUCUUGGAUAAGUUACUAGCCGAUCUCAAGCAAGGAGGUCAUAGAGUACUAAUUUUCAGUCAGUAUGUUAUUAUGUUGAAUAUAAUGGAGGAAUACAUGAAAUUACGGAAACACGAAUAUUGUAGGUUAGAUGGUAGCACCCCAGUUAGUUUAAGGCAAGAAUUGAUAAAUGAAUUCAACGAUAAUAAGGACAUUUUUGUCUUCCUACUUUCCACGAAGGCUGGCGGUUUGGGAAUAAAUUUAACAGCCGCUGAUACAGUCGUUAUACAUGACAUCGAUUUCAACCCAUAUAAUGAUAAGCAAGCAGAGGACAGGUGUCACAGAAUGGGCCAAACUAGACCCGUAACAGUAUAUAGGUUAAUUUCUCAGGGAACUAUCGAAGAAGGCAUGCUGGAAAUGAAUAAGGAAAAACUUAAAUUGGAGAGACAAAUUACAGAUGAUGGUGACAAUCCUGACGUUAAAAGUGUAGUGAGAUUACUCUCAUCUGCUCUCGGAGUGGAGUCUUCGAAGUUGGCGCAUAAUUCAAUGAAAAAAACCGGGAUAUAACUUUUUUUAAAUUUACUUUUGUACAUUGAGAUCGUGAAACCGAUUGUAUUUUUAAUUGUUGGCAAUUUUCAAUAAACCAAGUUUUGAUAAAAA